AUGAAUAAUUUAUCAGAAAAGCAGCAGUUCAGAAAUUCUAAAGGAAAGCAGCUUGGGCAAGUCGAACAACCGUUGCAGACAAUACAAGGGCCAGGGGAAAAAAUUAGUGCAGUGAAUAGUUUAUCAAGCACAGUGAAUCCGCGUACAAUGGGGCAUAGACAUAUGGGAUCUAUAGACUUGGCAAGGCAAUACGAAAGGGACAUUAAACAGAUUGAAAGAUUUUUAUUUCGAGAGAGGGAUAACCAAGGAAGACGUCUUGAAAAGUAUUUAGCUCAUGUAAGGGUCAUUGAGGAUGCUCAUUAUCCUAAUAGAAGGCCACCGGAAGACUCUCCUAUAACAAACAAAAAAUACCGUUUCCUUAUAUUAACGGUCAAGAUAUCUGGUAGAAUGAGACUUCACAAAGCAAGAGAAAAUCCCGAUGGUCUGAUACAAAUUGGAAGAACUUGGGACUUUGAUGAACUAUCCAUAGUUGAAAUUGAUUCAGAUAUUCCUACGGGGUUUGCUUUUUGCAUGGGAAAGCAUUACUAUUGGGAAACGCAUAGUCCAAAGGAGAGAAGAGUUUGGCUUACCACAGUUCUAGAUCAUUAUAUCCGGUAUACAAAUGGCGGCAUUCCACAACUGAUUCAUUGUAAUGUUGAAUAUUUUCAUCUUGAAGGCUUGCUUUCUUUAUUAAUGAAAAAAGAUGGCUCGGUUCCACAAGCUGAUGUCUCUUCACGCGUUCAAAGAAAUGACUUCCAACCUGCAAAAAAAAGCCUUUCUGUUGGAGUAGGUAGAAUUCCCCCACCAACUGUUUCCUCUACGUCUUUGGGUCCUCAUCUUUCUUCUCAAUCACAACCUCUCCCUAGACAGAGAAUUACUCAUUAUAAAUCCGUAACUAGUGGAAGCAGUUCAAUUUCAACUAGAAGCGGCACCAUUAUUGUUUCUUCCAGAACCAAUAAAAGCAGUGUUGAGCACUCACCAUCGAAAAUCAAGAAAUCAUCGAUAUUUGGCCACUCCAGGCAUUCUUCUACCGCCUCCCAAGAGGCAAAGAGGAUUUCGAGAUCUAUGUUGGCUCCUUUUAAAAGAUCAUCGAAAGCAAGGGAAAUUUCGGAAGAUGAUGAGGUUACGGCGAAACUUGAAAGACAGCAAUAUUUACGAAGACAAGUUUUGGAGGAAAAGAAACGUCAAAUGGACGUUCAAAGAAGAAGACAAGAAGAAAUGACAGAGAAGAAAUUAUUGAAAGAAAAGUUGGAUCGUGAAAAUCAAGCUAAAAGUGAUCAAACUAAAAGGGGGGUCAUUUUUCAGCAAGAUGGAGAGUUUUCAUUAGUGAAUGAGUCGCAGAAGCAUGAGAUUAGAAAAAAUUCAAGACAAAAAAGAACAGAUUUAUCUGACUCUCAACCAGAUAUAAACUUUCAUGGUGAUGUUAACUCGAACACCAAGUUGGAAAGGCAAAAAUCCGCUGCCUCUUCCAUUAAGUUUGUUGGACAUCAACAAAGUCAUGCCGACAUAGAUAAAAUUACCGGAAAUGCGGGUACCGAAGUUGAAUAUGAUGACUUUUUGGGUGAUUACAACGAUAUCAAUGAUUUUGAAGAAUCAGAAGACAUUCACACUGCCCCAUUGAGGCUUUCCAUAACACAUGGUUUGGCUAAGAAAGAUUCAGAAAGUGGGGAAAUUGAUGAUUCCGAAAUGGUUGGAUCAAUCGAUGACACCUUGGAAAAUAUUAAGUAUCAAUCUUUGGUUGAUACAAAUGAGUUACCGGCGGACAUUAAAGAUAUCGUAUCACCUGACUUGAAAAGUGAAGAGGUGCUUCAAGUUCCUGUGACUAGAAAUGGUUCAAAUAAAAAGAAUCCGCUUGGAAUACCUGACAAGGGUCGUGUACAUGCUAGAUCUAGAGCUUUCAGUAGGGUAGAGGCAGAAAAAAAAGAUUCGGAUUUCACAGAUUUAUUUGAUGAAAUUGGUUAUGAUCCGUCUACAGAUGAUUACGAGGAUCUAAAAAGAAAGAUACUAAAAGAACUCGAAAGACUUCAAUAUCACAAAGUUGCUGCUAUAACGGAGACAAAUGAUGUAGGUGACACACUAAAGACUACGGUGGACCAAGCUUUACAGCAAUGCUCACUAAUUGAUCAUGGGUUGUCCUUAUUAUCUGUUCAAUUAUCCUCAUUCAAGGAUAGUGUCAGUUAUAUAGAAAAGCAAGGGCAUGGUCUUCAAGUUGAGACUACAAAUAAGAAAUUAUUGAAGAAAGAAUUGGAAAUAAUCCUUCACUCGGCAGAUAUUCCGCAGGACGAUUUACACUAUAUUCUUAGAUGUCGUGUGUCGUUGGACAAGAUUCCAACUCGAGUGGAAAAUAUUUUGGGAAAGCUCAAUGUUUCGUUGGCCAAGAUUAACGGACUUUCAGGUAAUACUGGUAGGAGUCAGAUUUCGGAAAUGCAAGCACUUAAGGAGAGGCAUGCCAAACUUGAUCACGCUGCAAAUUUGUUUGUUAAAAAUUUCAAAAUAGAGAUCCGAAAGAUUUUUAAAUCCGUUUCCUUAAGUCUAAUAUCUAAACUCCCGUCAAUAACCUGCGAUAACUUCCUAUCAUCCUUCUUUCGCGAUUCGCUCGUCAAAAAGAUGUCAAAUCUUUUGGCAUUUUCGGGAUGUCUAAUAUUUAUCAAAGAAAUAUCUCCAAACGACUUCAAUGAUAUUUUGGUUAAUUAUACAGAGGUAUUUGCUGAAUUUUAUUCGAAGUUGGGGAACCAUUUGUCUGAAGAUUUUAAUAAUAAAAAAUGUGAGGCAUCCUUAUCCAAGUUUUCCUUUGAAAAAUUGGCUAGCAAAUUCGUGAAGGAUUCACCUGACAUCAAAAAUGGAACAAGUUUUGAGCACAAAAAUUUGAGUAGCAAUAAGAUACUUUUGGAAUUAGGAUUAACGGCAAAUAGUAUUGAUGAAGCUGGAAAAUUGGGUGCAGUCUCUUCCGAGGAAAAAUCUGAUUCAGAUGCUGAUGCUGAUAUAGUACUACUUCUAAAUAAUUUGCUGGAUAUCCUUUUAAGUGUUUUAUCUUUCCAGCAAGAGGUUUCAGUGGAACUUUUCUCAUUGUCAUCGUCAGUUUCUGGAUUUCAAUCUCUUAUUUCUACUGAUAUUUUAGAGCGGAUAAAAAUAUUUAAAUCUCGGCAAGUGUUUGUAAACUCAUUGGUCGAAACAGAUAGGGAGAUGAGCGAUGGAGUUUAUGAAUUGAUGAAGGGUGUUUUUGGAACCACAAUUAAUACUCUGUCCAAAUGUUUAUUUGAUGUUGCGAAAAUAAGCAUGUUACAGCCACCCUGUAUUGUACUUAUUCUACAGUAUAAGGCCAUUAGUGUUGCAUCUACUGAUCAAGAGUAUGCUUUUAGCAAAAUUACCCAAUUAGAAUCAAGGAUUAAUACAUUAUGGGAAAGACAGACCGAAGAAGAAAUCCAAAAUAUUAUUUCAUCUAAAGUAUACUAUGAGGUUAUGAACUUCUCGAAAGCAUAUGCAAUAUAUUUCUAUAACGUUCAGUUCUUAAUUUUGAUGUUUCAAUUUGGCAAACUUCCAAUUGAGAAAACCCUUAUGGAAUUGAGCAAGUAUUUAUGGAAAAUAAUUAAUGAUUCCUUGUCAAAAGGAAUUGAAAAUAUGAAUAUUUCUGAAUUGAGCACGCAAAAAGGAAAACGGCCUGUUGAUUCUAUGCAUUCGACUGCAAAUGAUUCAUCUUAUUCAAAAGCUCAGGAAUCUGAACAUGUCGAAACUCUGGGUCAUUUAACACUUCUACUUAAUUAUACAUGGGUUGUCAAUCAAAUUAAAGACGUGAACCUCAUUUCAUUAGAUCUUAAAACCGAUAUCGAUGAACUAAGAUCUAUGGAAUUAUCAAAGUUUACCGAAGCUUUUGCAAAGAAACAUAGAAUUGGGGAACUUAUGAACCUUGUUAGUGGAAUGCAGGAUCUUGUUGAUUCAAAUACGGACCCUUCUGCCACGAAUUCUUAUUCUAGAGGCAAUAUCGAAAAGAUAAUAAUAAAGUUUUCUGGUGCUAACUUGAAGUCCACAAUUACUGAACUUUCUACAGAUCUCAGAGGGGAAAUUAAUGGUCGCUGUUAUGAUUCAAAGAAUGUAAGGGAUUGUGAACAGGAUUUGAUCGUUGGGAGACAAGUUGAGAAGGAAGUUUAUAAUAACUGCUUGAACUCUUUUUCGGUAUUAUACGGAUCAACCUACUCAAGAUUCAAUCAUAUGAUCAAGCAGUAUUAUAAUGGCAUAUCGACACCGGUUGAUAAAAUUGUUAUAAAUCACAAUUUUAACAAACUUCUACUGGAUUGA